AUUAUUAAUCAGAACGGCCGAGAGAAGGCAAUAGAGCUAGAAGGGUUUAGCUGUUAUUUCUUGUUGGUGCCUCUGCAGUCUACACCGUAAUGGAAUCCCAAUUUUCAAUUUAGGGUGCGUGGAAAGAGAGAUACACAGAGCGAUGGAUUCUGACGAGGAAGAUUUCCUGUUCGUUGGAACACCCAUUGAAAGAGAAGAGGAUGUCAUCAGUCGCAAGAAAAAGGCCGUCGCUGAAGCUUCUUCUCAGCUCCGUACUCUUCCUUCAUGGAAACAAGAGGUUAGAGACGAAGAAGGGAGGAGAAGAUUUCAUGGAGCAUUCACUGGAGGGUUUUCUGCGGGGUUUUACAAUACAGUGGGAUCAAAAGAGGGAUGGACACCACAAUCAUUCUCAUCUUCUCGGAAGAAAAGAUCUGAGGUCAAGCAACAAAGUAUUUUGGACUUCCUGGAUGAAGAUGAAAAAGAAGAAAUGGGAGGUCAAGUUUUGGGAACAUCAUCAAAGUUCGAUACGUUUGGAUUUACAGCUGCAGAGCUUGCUCGCAAACAAGUUGAGAAGGAGCAGAAUCAGAGGCCAUCGGCUAUUCCUGGUCCUGUUCCUGAUGAAUUAGUUGUUCCUGUUAUAGAAUCUAUUGGUGUAAAGUUGCUGUCGAAGAUGGGAUGGCGACAUGGUCGAUCAUUAAAGGAGUCAUCUAUUAAUUCACUCAAUGAGGUUCGUCGAGAAGCUAGAAAGGCAUUUCUAGCUCUUUCUUCAGCUGAAAAGACAGCUGAUGGCAGUGGCUCUGAGCCCAAUCAGAAUUUACCUGAUGAUCUCACAGAGGAGCCUGCUACUGACGUUGCUCAGUCUACUCAUGGCAUACCUGUGUAUGUACGUCAGCCAAAGCAGGACUUGUACGGUCUAGGUUAUGAUCCAUACAAGGAUGCUCCAGAGUUUAGGGAAAUGAAAAAAUCACGCUUAUCAAGGAAUGAAGAGUUUGCUUUCAGAAAACCUUUCACAUCAAGACAUGAUCUUGUCAAUGUCAAGUCAGGAAGGCUUGCUCCGGGUUUUGGCAUUGGAGCCUUGGAGGAACUUGAUGUUGAGGAUGAGGAUAUCUAUUCAUCAGGAUAUGAUUUUGUUGAGACUUAUCUUCCUAAUGAUGAUGACGAGCUUUUGAGAUUGCCAAUAGAUGAUGGGAAAAAGAUAGUUGGUUGUGACCAAGGCUCCGUUCCUAGGUUUAGAGUUGCAUCUAAGUCUGAGUAUCAACUAGAGAGGUUUGAUCCUCCGACCAUUCCGAAGGAUUUUGUGCCAUAUCACAAGUUUUCUGCUCCUCUUGAAACUAAUGACAUAAAGAGUGAUCUCCCUCCACCAGAAGUUCCACCUCCAGAUGAUAAUAACCUUAAAGUAUUGAUUGAGGGAGUUGCAGCCCUGGUAGCUCGUUGUGGUAAAUUAUUUGAGGAUAUCUCUAGAGAUAAGAAUCAGUCCAAUCCAUUGUUCAAUUUCCUGAGUGGUGGAAGCGGCCACGACUAUUAUGCAAGGAAGUUGUGGGAGGCACGGCAGAAGUGUGAUGUUUCAAUCAGGUUGCGGCCAGAUGAAAAGUUAUAUUCCAAUGUGCAGAAAAUGACUGCUGAGAGUCGUGGGAAAAUGUUAAGUGAGAGGCCCCUGGAAAGGACAUUGAAGGACUCAGGUUCAGACGCUACUGCGGCAAAAGAGAUUUUUUUUCAAUCCAAUUUAUCCAAUACAUUCACCAAGCCUGAAGUCUUUAUGGAACUUCUUGAAAGUGCUAAACCGUACAAAGAUGAUCCAGCAAAACAAGAAAGAUUUGAGCAGUUCUUGAAGGACAAAUAUCGGGGAGGACUUCGCACGACUGAGUCAGGUAAAGCAACUGAUAUGCCAGAAGCUGCUCGAGCUCGUGAGAGAUUGGAUUUUGAAGCUGCUGCCGAGGCAAUAGAGAAAACUAAAUUGGCCAGCCAAAGCAAGCUUUCUGCUCAACAGCUAAUGGACUUAACUAUGGCUACUGGAAUGCAGUUUACUUCCGGUGGAUUUGAGCAUGGGAAGGACAAGUCUACUGAAGAGUUAAUAUCAAAGAAGAUGUAUCCAAAACGGGAGGAGUUCCAAUGGCGACCCACUCCUUUAUUAUGCAAGCGUUUUGAAAUUGUUGAUCCUUACAUGGGGAAGCCACCCCCUGCCCCAAGGAUGAGAAGCAAGCUGGAUUCUCUCGUUUUCACCUCUGAUUCUGCAACUAGUACAAGGACCAAGGAUGCUACCAUUUCUGGUGAUCAAUCGUCUUUGGUUCCAAAAAGUAAUUUAGAGACGUCUGCAGGCAUGGGUAGCAAGGAAGCUGAAGUUGCUGUAGAAAUUGAAAAUGUUGAGCGGCCAGUGGACCUUUACAAGGCCAUUUUCUCUGAUGACUCUGAUGAUGAAGAGGAAACAUCUAAUCAAAUGGAUGACCCACAAAAGAAGACGGAAGCUGCUAGUGCUGCAUUAAGUCGUAUUGUAGCAGGUGACUUCCUUGAGACUUUGGGUAAAGAGCUUGGAUUAGAAGUUCCUCCGGAUCUUCCUCCUGCAACUGCUAAAGCUGGGACUUCUGUGCCUCAUAAAGAUGCUACUCAGGACCCUAAAGAUAUUGAUAUCAAGAUUAGUAAUUUGCCUUCGUCUCCUGCUUUAAAUGCUUCUGCUGUCCGGGAAGCUUCCGACAGAAAGAACUUGAAUCUGGAUCGAACUUAUGAAGAAUCACCUAUGAGGGGAGGACUAACAUCCAAUUCAUUGAGUGCUAGCAAUGUAAAACUUGAGAAGGUGCAUCAAGAGGAUAGAAAGGAGAAAUAUAAGCACAGGUGUUCAUCGUCGGAAGAUGAAAGGAGUAAAAAGCGCUCUAGGAAACAUCGCCAUAGACAUAGCAGUUCAGAUUAUGAUUCUUCUGAUGAGUCAAGAGGUCGAUAUUCUUCAAGGUCUAGAGAUGACAGAAAACGGUCUUCACGGAAAAAACAUCGGAGGAGAAAGCAUUCACGGCAUCAAUGAGAUGGAUGUGUGUAGCAUUUGAGACUGUCCCUUCCUAUAUCACGGAAGAAACAUCAGAGGAGAAAGCAUUCACGGUCUUCCAAGUCAUAUAUCUUAUUCAACUUAUAGAACAUGUUUGAGUCUGCCGGGUCAUAUAUCACGGUAGAAACAUCCAAGGAGAAAUCAUUCGCGGCAUAAAUGAGAUGGAUUUGCCGGGUCAUCUAUCUUGUUCAACUUCAAGAUAUUGCAGGCGGAGUUGUUGCUACCAUUUUGUACCAACGAAGAAAUGUGUGUUUCAUGACUCUACCUUCGAAUGACUGCCUAGGAUUCAGAAUCUUGUAUAUUCGUUAAUAACGCUGCUUUUGACUCGUCACUUACCCCCACCCCACCCCUCCCACACAAAA